AUGUCGUCACGGACCUCGUCUCCUUUCUCCCCUGUCUCGGGCGUCAAUACUCCCAAAGAGGCCGAUUCUGGAUACUCUAGCGGAACAGCUUGCGAGGUGGCUGUGCCAGAGGUGUACUUUUCCAAACCACAUCUUCAAUUCCUCAACCGACAGUUACAGUUCCUCGAGCCGCAGGAAAUCCUAAAGUGGUGCAUUACCACACUCCCCCACUUAUACCAGGCGACCGCCUUCGGCCUGACUGGUCUGGUCACACUGGAUAUGCUUUCGAAGAUGAAGAUACCCCGCCCGCAGAUGGUUGACAUAAUCUUCUUUGAUACGCUUCACCAUUUCCCCGAGACACUCUCACUGCUAGACAAAAUCCAAGACAGAUACCCGUUGGUGAAUGUCCACAUAUUCAAGCCUGCCGGAGUCAACACAGCACAAGAGUUUGCCGUCAAACAUGGAGAUAAAUUAUGGGAAGAGAACGAUCAGCUUUAUGACUGGAUCGCCAAGGUUGAGCCUGCCCAGCGAGCAUACCGAGAACUUGGUGUCAAUGCCAUCCUGACAGGACGACGAAGAACACAAGGCGGACAAAGAGGAGACCUAGACGUUAUAGAGGUGGACGAAGUGGGUCUGAUCAAGGUCAAUCCGCUUGCCAAUUGGACCUUCAAGCAGGUUCACGACUACGUCAAGAAUAACCACAUCCCUUAUAACGAGCUUCUGGAUCGUGGCUACAAGAGUGUGGGGGACUGGCACUCAACGCAGCCCAUCAAAGAAGACGAAGACGAGCGAGCUGGUCGCUGGAAAGGUCAACAAAAAACCGAAUGUGGCAUCCAUAAUCCUCGAUCGAAGUAUGCGCGGUUUUUGAUGGAGCAAGAAAAGAAGAAAGAGCAAGAAGCAGUUCAGCAAGCCCUGCAUAAGGUCGCGCUACAAGCAUAG